AAAAGAGGCGGGACGAAGAGCUGCGGCACUGCUGCCACUGGGCGGCACGGUGUGUGCACGCCGGCCUCUUUAACCUCAUUAUGCGGCCGGUGGAGGCGGUCCUACAGCCGCAUGACGGCCGCACGACAGUUGCUUUGAAUUUCGCGGCCGCGCAACGGAUGCUUUUAACCAGGCGACUGCUUUGAAUGUUGGUCUGCCAGCCCAUGGACCGGCCGGCCCACCAGGAAAUUUCCCGGUAUCCCGGUGUGCCAGUCCGGCCCUGUGCUGAGGAGCAGCUGGCGGAGCUGAGAGCCGUCAUCCUGCUGCAGGGUCAAGGACAGGGAACACUGAGCCGGCUGACCCGGGACACCAUUUUCCAGAACUCAAAGACCAUUUGGGACCUGAAAACCAGUAUCCGGCACGGUGAGGCGAGCCUGCGAGCCGCUGAACAGUAUGAAAAAGACGUCUUAACGCAGGCAUGCAAGGGAUGGGAUUCCAAAAAGAAGCGCGUGGUGCUGUCCGGGACCUCCGUGAAGGAUGCCAGGGAGUAUCUGAAGAAGAACCUUUUCGACACCAUCAAUGCCUAUAAUAUUGUGACACACGAAGUCCGUACACGGGAGAGGAGAAUCCAGGAUUUGAAGGUUGAGUUGGAAGCUCUGAAGAAGACAGUGAAACCAGACAGAAAGCAAUUACAGGACAAGCAGACAAUCCGCGACUUGGAAAAUAAAAUCGAAAAUAUGAAAAUAAAGCUGGACAGUGUGAAGGCGAUGAAAUGGACGUACACUAAGAUCCUGCAGUGCUUAAAAGAUGAAUCCUGGCGUUACCCACUAGAUGUGAAAAAGAUGGAGAACAGCAUUUCCUUUUAUCACAAGGUACUAGAAGACACCACUAAGGUGGCAGAAGAACUCGUUGCAGCCAAACAAACUAUUAAGAUGAAUAUGAAAUCUCUUGAGAGUCAACUUUUAAAGGACAAGCAGACAAGGGACAUCAAUGGAGCAAUUUCUAAGAAGAUUAUGUGGGAACUUGAGCAGGAGAGACGGGACUCGGCAGGCCUCAUGAACAGCGACAAUAAGAGAACUAAGAAGAUACUCCCAGAAGAGUCAAAGGUGGACAGUGACAAAGACAAAAUUCAGAAGGCAGCGAAGUCCAUGGACCCAGCUGAUGAAAUGAUGGGCGUCACGUGUUUAAAAGUCUCGGAGAUCUCAGGGAGGAUCCAAGCCCAGGUUGAGCAGAGUGAAUUUCUCUGCGGGGAAAUCAAGACGAGAACUCGUGAACGUGACACGCUCCGGGGCCAACUGCGUGAGCUGGAAAAGAAAUUCGCCCGCAUGCAAGCCAGGCAGCGCCAGAGAGCCAAAAGGCUUGAGAAGUCGCAGCAGGAGAAACUGAAGGGGGUCCCAUCGAAAGUAGAUUCUGACCAGAAGCUGGCUGUCGUCUUGCAGAAUGGCAUCGACAGCCUGUACAGGAAGCUCUCUGAUGUCAGAAUUAAAGAUAAGGAUGCCGCCAACACUGAGAGCACGGACACGUUAGACAAAAUAAAUGUUGUAGAGGACAAGCUUCGUCAUCUCAUGGAGUCCACCUCCAGCCAGCCAAGUGCCUCCGAGAUCCAGGAUGGCUAGAAGACUAGGACCCGGUGAACGCGAGGACAUGGAGCCGGUCAACGGUUCCACCAGGACCGAAUUGAAAUGACCUCACAGAUAAAAUCUUGAUCCAUUAAUCUCAGGAUAAUACACUAUUAUUCUUUUACGUAACCCCCAAUUUCCCAAGAGAAUCAAUAA